GUGCACACUGGCCCCACUGUGAGAGGGACGCCGCAGUGCCACUGAAUCCAGAUCCACAGGCAUAUGAUUUCAACAUACCAAGACAUGUUUGCUUUGUGUGCCAUCGCUCUCCUCUGCUUGACGUCUGUGAGCCAUUCAGCUCCUCCGGACUGUAAAGACUUGGUUAAGCCUCUGGGUCAACCUGAUCCUCGUCGCUUGGAGGGCAGGUGGGCUUUGGUUGCAGACAGUCUGAAAAUCAAUGAAUCUCCAGAUUUUGUUAAAAAAACCGACAGUAUAACUAUUAAAUUCCACAACUUGACCUACUCCCAAGCCAAUCGUUACGGUGACAUGUGCUACUACUUUAAGUCUAGUAACAUCUCAGUAGAUGGCCCAACCUUCACCACGACGUCUGAGCAGGUGAACAUGAAUGGGACUGUCAUCUAUACAAGCUGUCCAGACUGCAUGGUGCUGAGCCUGGCCUUUCAUGCACCAAAUUAUAAGUCAGAGGAAUUGUGCCUGUUCAGCAAAAGGAGGGAGGUGGAUGACAAGGAGCUCAAGGAGUUCAGAGCUCAGGUGGAGUGUCUGAAGAUGCCUGAAGUUGUUGUGAUGGAUCCUACCACGGAGCUUUGUGUGGACUUUCCCACCUCAGAAACUGAAACUGAGGAGAAGACAGGAUUCAAAGGCUGAAGAGACUUUGAUGCAUGAUGUCUGUUCACAGAGUCAAUAAAAUGUGUGUGGAUACA